AUGGCCAACCUCACCAAACUCUCAGAGCACCUCGCGACGCGCUCCUAUAUCGAGGGAUACACUCCAUCGCAAGCUGAUGUAGUGGUUUUCAAAGCGAUCUCAUCGGCGCCGAGUGCCGACUCCCACCCCCACAUCGCUCGUUGGUACACCCACAUCAAAUCAUACGAGGCCGAGUUCGGCACCCUCUCUGGCUCCAGCACGGCGGGAGAUGCUUUCCUCGGAGAGUCGGAGGCGGCUGCACCCGCUGCUGCCGCUCCCGCUGCCGCCGCAGAUGACGACGACGAGGUCGAUCUUUUCGGGAGUGACGAUGAGGAGGAUGCUGAGGCGGAACGCAUCAAGGCUGAGCGUGUUGCUGCCUAUGCCGCCAAAAAAGCCAACAAACCCAAAGUCAUCGCCAAGUCCGUUGUUACGCUGGAAGUUAAGCCCUGGGACGAUGAGACCGACAUGGCCGCGCUUGAAACUUCCGUGCGUUCCAUCGAGAAGGAUGGUCUGGUUUGGGGUAGCAGCAAGUUAGUUUCCAUUGGCUAUGGUAUCAAGAAGCUCCAGAUCACGCUCGUUGUCGAGGAUGACAAGAUUUCGCUCGAUGAGUUACAGGAACAAAUCCAAGAGUUCGAGGACUAUGUUCAGAGCACGGACGUGGCUGCGAUGCAGAAGCUCUGA